CGUGGAGAAGAAAUCCUACGACUGCAGCGCCUGUGGCAAGGCUUUCAGCCGGAGCUCAUCCCUGAUGAAGCACCAGCGGAUCCACACGGGAGAGAAGCCCUUUGAAUGUGACGUCUGUGGGAAGCACUUCAUUGAGCGGUCGUCCCUCACCAUCCACCGGAGAGUUCACACCGGAGAGAAGCCCUACCGAUGCGGGGACUGCGGCAAGGCCUUCAGCCAGCGCAUGAACCUGAUCGUGCACCAGAGGACGCACACGGGCGAGAAGCCCUACGUGUGCGACGUGUGCGGGAAGGCCUUCCGCAAGACCUCGUCGCUCGCGCAGCAUGAGCGGAUCCACACGGGGGAGAAGCCCUAUGCGUGCGGGGACUGCGGCAAGGCCUUCAGCCAGAACAUGCACCUCAUCGUGCACCAAAGGACGCACACGGGCGAGAAGCCCUACGUGUGCGACGUGUGCGGCCGCGCCUUCAGCCAGAACAUGCACCUGACCGAGCACCAGAGGACGCACACGGGCGAGAAGCCCUACGCAUGCAAGGAGUGUGGGAAGGCCUUCAACAAGAGCUCGUCCCUCACUCUGCACCAGAGGAACCACACGGGCGAGAAGCCCUAUGUGUGCGGCGAGUGCGGCAAGGCCUUCAGCCAGAGCUCCUACCUCAUCCAGCACCAGCGGUUCCACAGCGGGGAGAAGCCGUACGCCUGCGGCGAGUGCGGGAAGGCCUUCAGCCAGAGCGCGUACCUCAUCGAGCACCAGCGGAUCCACACCGGGGAGAAGCCCUACAAGUGCGGCCAGUGUGGCAAGGCCUUCAUCAAGAACUCUUCGCUCACGGUCCACCAGAGAAUCCACACGGGGGAGAAGCCGUACAAGUGCAGCGAGUGUGGGAGAACCUUCAGCCGGAACACCAACCUCACGCGCCAUCUGAGGAUCCACACCUAGGGGCGGCCUGGGGGGCACCUCGUCCUGGGGCCUUCCUUCAGGGGCCUGAGUCCACACCAGGAGGGGUGGGAUCCUUCACACCCGCCGGCAGCACGAGAAGUUCUGACAGGGUCGCCCACGGGUAGCACCACGGGUUAGAGGAGUCCCGCCCCGGACGGGCCUUACGGAUGGGGACUUGUGGACAGGCCCCUCCCUACGGGGCACCUGCACGUCCACGGCAGAGCAAGUCCCUUGUGUCUAACGCACUUGGGACCAUGCUCAGGGGCACUGUGGCUGGAAACUCGCAGGAGCUCCAGUAGCCCGGGCAUCAGGGUUCCAGGCCGUGGGAAUGACCUGUAAGAGCACAAGGUUAUUUAGUGUCUCUGGGGCGACACUCAGUAGGAAAAUGCCGGAGGGGGGCUGGGGGCGGAGGUGGACUCGAUAAGUGAACGUGGGGACAUUUCUGGACCCUAGAUCUGGUCCAGAUGUUAGGUCUCACCCUCCACGAAUUCCCUCCUGGGGUGGAAGCC